CGACAGACUCGCUUUCCUUUCCUCUGCUUUCUCUUCCUUCCUUAUUCUUCUCUUUCUCACUAACUAUGGCGGACAGAGUCUACCCUUCAUCCAAACCAGUUGGCGCCAACGGAACCCCCGUUGCUGCCAAAACACCCACCUUUCCGGCCACCAAAGCCCAAAUUUAUGGCGCCAGUACACGCCCCCUUUACCACCCUCAACCCACUCGCCACCGCCGCCGCCGCCGCCGCUCUUGCUUCUGUUCCUUUUGUCUCUGGUUCACCCUUAUAAUCAUUGUCCUCAUCAUCCUUGCUGCCGUCGCUGGGGCCAUCGUUUAUGUCCUCUACCGUCCGCAACGCCCUUCCUUCACUGUAACCUCCCUCAAAAUCUCCACCUUCAACCUCACCGCCGCCUCCAGACUCACCACCAAGAUCAACCUCAACAUCUCUGCUAAAAACCCCAACAAGAAAUUGGUCUACAUCUACAACCCUGUCUCCGUCUCCCUCACUACAACCGACGACAUCGAUGUCGGAGACGGUUCUCUCCCGUCUUUCGUGCAUCCAACCAAGAACACGACCCUGCUGAAAGUGGCGAUUACCGGAACCAGCCAAGAACUGGACGAUUCGGCAGCUUCUAAAUUGAAGAAGGAUCUGAAGAGCAAGAACGGUGUUGCGUUGAAGUUAAAGCUAAAUACUAAGGUGAAAGUGAAGAUGGGUGGUUUGAAGACUCCGAAAGUCGGCGUUAGGGUUUCUUGUGAAGGGAUUAGAGCCACUGUUCCGACAGGGAAAACGGCGACAACGGCUUCGACUUCUAAAGCGAAAUGUAAGGUUGAUUUGAGGAUCAAGAUCUGGAAAUGGACUUUCUGAUCUGAAAUUAAGAUUUGAGAAGAGAAUGUGUGAUUUUCUUUUGGUACUUUUCGUGUUAUUCAUAUAUAUUUUUCUUAAUUAGUAUAUGAUUGUACAUGGAAACAACUUUGUGUGAUUAAUAAUCAAUUGAUAGAAGA